CUCCAUUAGAUAUAUGGGUGACAUAUAUUGUUUUUAUCCUUGCUAUACGUAUGAACUAAUAAAGACAUGAUAACAAGUAUGAUAAAGACAUUGUUUUUCUUUUCUUUCUCGAUCUAUUUAUUAACUCUCGCUUCUGCAAGAUGAUUGUUACCAGUCUAUAAUUUUGUGAUCGACUCUUGAAACCGGAAAAUUAUAGCCAUGGCAACUCCUAGUAUUAUUACUACCGCAGGCCUAAUGGUUCUUCUGUUGCUAGCUCCCGCUGUUUUUGCUGUGGAUUAUCCAGUCUCUUGGACCUUAGGCACCAAUUAUGAAGAUUGGGAUUCAGACAAAACUUUAUUCCCCGGAGACACUAUAACUUUUUCAUAUGGGCCUUCACAUUCACUAAGUGUCGUAAAGAAGGAUACGUACGAUAACUGUGGGCCAGAUGCCAUAAAGUCUUUCAGCGGUGGAAGGACGACAGUUCCUUUGGUAGAAGGAACCAUGUAUUUCAUAUGCCAAGAAGGCGAUCAUUGUGCUAGUGGAAUGAAAUUGUCCGUCAAAGUUCGCAAUGCGGGGCCUCCGAAAAAUCAUACAUCACCACCUGCAGAUGCUCCCAGCCCUGUUACCCCAAAACUAGCGAGGGGCACUGGUGCAGCAACUAGCAACUACAACUUGAAUUUUAUGGUGAUUGGAGGUUCACUAUUAUUGGCUCCUUUGUUUGCAUUUUUGGGCUAAGGGAGGCAGUGCUAGUGUGGUAUGACCCCUACAAUCAUGUUUGUUUUAUGGAUCUUUAUUUAGUUAUGUAAAUGUAUUUUUAUGUUCAUUUGUGAUUGGAUUUAGUACCUAUCACAUUUCUUGAUUGUAUGGAGAAUCUGAAUGUUGAAGGGUCUUUUGUGCUCUUA